AUGCUGAAGUAUCAGCAGAACUUGGAGAAGGAGGCUUUCCCGCCUGAGCAGCAUGCAGCCGGCGGACCUUUGGACAGCCAAGCUGCUGCAUCUGGGCGGCCUGGUCAAAGGCGUGUGCGCAGCCCUGGCCGUGAUGAUUCAGCUGAAGAUGACAGCUACUUUGAGUCGCUGGAUGAUGAUCCCGACGAGGAGCCCUCCAACGGUCAGGAGAAGAGCCCACCAGCCGAAGCAGGAGCGGCUGGCCUUCCGGGUCUUCUUGGUGGUUAUGCGGAUGAGGCGAGGCCAGUGAGGACGGUGAGGACCAGGCGGAGAAGCCGGCGGGCGAGAAUUCGGAGAAGUCCUUGGGCCACGUCUCCAAGCGGCCUCGCACGACGGAGCCUGAAGAGGCCUCGGAGAAGCCAAGUCAGUGAUGCCUGA